CAGCAAACAUCUCUUUGCCUCUAGCAGCAAUUGGCAAACUUCUGGUAAAAUUUUCCAGUGAGCUCAUUUAUUUCCCACAAAUCAGGGGGUCAGCAUCAGCAUACCUGACUGGACCCCCUCGAGGAGUCCAGAUUUGAAACCAAAGAGAUUCACAUAAAAUAUUGUAAAUGAAACAAUUUAUUACAGUAUGCAAACUGCAAAUGGCCUCAUAUAUACCAAAUGAAUGAACGCUUGUCAAUUUGCCUCCAUCUCCUACUCCAUCCCCCGCACUGAUCGCUAUACUGUAGGUGACCUUACCUCACCUUACCUUGGCUUUCAUCUUAUUGAAAGACUGAUACUAUCAAAGAAUGGGAGGAUUGGUUUAGGUAAGCCUACAGUAUAUACUGGCAUGUCUCCUGAAAACUUACCACUGUGGCUGUUUCUGAGGUUGUCUAUUACUGGACACAGACAUCUGCCUGGCAGAUUUUCUCACUGCAGUACGAAGAUGUGGUCCUCUUGUCUGAUAAGUGUCCUUGUUUGCUUGCUUCCUGUCACUUUUGGUGAUGAUCCUAGUGUUGCGUGGUGCUAUAAUGAGCCAACAUGCAAUGACACAACUUGGCCUAGAAUUGCUCCAGAUUUCUGCAGCGUCUGUCAGUCUCCCAUUGACAUCGUCAGUGCCAGUGCUGUGCCUGAUUCCAGUCUAGGGGGUUUCACUUUGGCUGGCUUCGAUGACAAAACUGCCUUCACCAAGAUCCAGAACACAGGCAAAACUGUGAAGAUUGAGCUUGCGAGUGGAGCGAUGAAUGUGAGCGGAGGAUCCCUCCCUACUGACUACAGCUCCUUGCAGUUCCAUUUGCACUGGGGAGAUGGCAGUUCUGUCCCUGGCUCUGAGCACACCGUUGAUGGCAAACGUUACCCCAUGGAGUUGCACAUUGUGAAUGCCAAAACCUCUCUCAAUGGAAACUUAACUGAGAUUUUAGCCGACAGUGAGGGACUGGCUGCUCUUGGCUUCUUCAUCGAGGUUGAAUCAGGAACAACUGACCAGCCGGCAAGCUGGAAGAGUCUUGCAGAUCAUCUGGCAAACAUCACAGAGAAUGGUGAGGGGGGCACUUUGUGA